AUGGGAGCGGCGUUGAAAGUAGAUAUGAAUAAAGCCUAUGAUAGGAUCAGUUGGGAUUUUCUGUGGCAAGUUCUCAAGGCCUUUGGUUUUCCCCCGAGUUGGAUUCACAUAAUUCAGCAGUGCGUUUCUACAGUUUCUUAUCAGGUUUUGGUUAAUGGUAAUCCCACGAAAGUUUUUCGUCCGAUUAGGGGUUUGCGGCAGGGUGAUCCUUUAUCUUCAUAUUUAUUUGUUCUGUGUAUGGAGGUGUUUUCAGCUAUGAUUCGUAAAGCAGAAUCCGAUCGUCUGUUUCGGGGUAUUAAGGUUUGCAGGCGUUCUCCUUCGGUCUCGCAUUUGUUUUUUGCGGAUGAUGCCCUUAUCUUUUUCCAGCCUUCCCCUGUUACCUGUUUAGAGGUUAAUAAAGUGCUUCACAAUUUUUGUGAUAUUUCUGGACAGAUGAUCAAUCUUCAAAAUUCCUUCAUUCGUUUUAGUUCUAAUGUUCCGGAUGAUUAUCGGGAUUACUUAGCUGCUUCUAUGCAUGUGCGGGUGGAAUCUUCUAUUGGCUCUUAUCUGGGUCUUCCGGUUGAUAUUAGCAGACACAAAUGUAAAGCUUUUCAGCCUUUAAUAGAUAAAGUUGUUAAUCGGUUGAGUGGUCUCACUUCCCUUCAUCUAUCGUCUGCUGCUAAAUUGGUCAUUAUCAAUUCUGUGCUUGUGACUUCCUUCAAUCAUAUUUUGUCUGUGUUUAAGAUUCCUUCUACAGUUAUAGACAAAAUCAACAAUCUUCUGCUUAGGUUUUGGUGGAAAUCUUCUUCCCACUCCAGAGGUAUUGUUAUGGCUUCCUCUUCUCUCCUUUAUAGGCCUAAGGGUCUUGGGGGUCUUGGUCUUCGUCAUCUGGGUUUUUUCAACUCUGCGAUGUUGGCAAAGCAGGCCUGGGGGGUCAUGCAUAAUCCUCAAAUUCUUAUUUCUCGUAUUUUCCAAGCGCGGUACCCUUCUAUCUUGGAUCGUCAUUCCCAUUCUAGUCUCUCUCGCCCUUCUUGGGCGGGUAAUAGUUUGAUGCAUGGGUUCCGCUCUCUUCAGUCUGGCCUUACUUGGAAAAUUGGCAAUGGUUCCAAGAUUCAUAGAUUGUUUGAUUCCUUUACUGCGGCUAAAAUUCUGAGUUUGGAGCGACCGGCUCAGUUAAUGGAUGAUUUCGUCUACUGGAUAUUUACUAGGGAUGGGAAUUUCUCUACCAAGUCCGCCUAUGCUGCUUUUAUUCAGGGCUCGUUCCCUGUAACUUCUGAUGGGGAUUCGAUCCCGUCCUCGUGGUGGAAAAAAUUCUGGGCCUUUCCCAUUUUACCUAAGUGGAAGAUGUUUUUUUGGAAGUUGUUACAUGGGGUCACUCCUGUGGAAGCCUUAUUAUGUACCAAAGGUAUUCCUGUUGAUCCUUUGUGUGCUUUUUGUCAUACUUCUCAGGAGACGAUUGAUCAUUUAUUUUUACACUGUCCGUUUACUCGUCGCCUUUGGAGUUGUGGUCCUUUGGGUAUUCUCCUUCCUCCGGAGGAUUUCUCCUCGUUUAUCCAUUGGAUUGCUCAUGAGUGGAAGUCUCGAAGUUCUUCGGUUAGAGAUUUGGAUGUUGGGGUUAUUUCUCCUCCUCUUGGGUUUCAUCAUCGACCACUGUUGGUUAUUCUUCGAGGAUCUCUUCAGUGUCUUGGGGGUGGAGCACAGGCAUGUUUUGCUCUUUCGGCCAUUCAAGCAGAGUUGUUUGUCUGUCUUCUAGCUUUGAGGAUGGCGCAAAAUCGUGGUUUUGCUCAACUUCGAAUUCAUACUGACUGUUUGGGUGUCCUUUUUAGUCUUCGGGAUCACUGCUCAAAGGACAUCUUUGCUAGUUAG